UGAUUGUCUCGACUCUCGAUACAGUCUGCUGUCAAAGGUCAUGUGCAUUUGUACGCGGAAGUACGACAUUUUGGCACGCGCGUUUGAAUUUUGAGUUCGAGCUGAUCAAGCUGCAAGGCCUGGAACCAGUUUGUUGACUGUUGAAGCCUGUGCCAGCAAGAAUCGCUGUAGUAUUCCCAGGCGUCACCUUGAAAGAAAUCCGCUGUCCAUAACCAGUCCAAGCUUCGCUGGGCCAUCGCGAUCAUGAAAACCGAUCACAGCUGUACAGAAAUUGAUGGCUGUGUGCCUAUCAAGGUCGGCGAGAAAGGUAUAGAAGCAGCUGAACCGAUCACAAUACAUCAGGUCUUCAAGAACACCGUAUCUCUGCAUGGUGAUCAGCCGGCGCUGGUGGAGUACAAGGGCGACGAGAAGCACGUGAUCACGUACCAGCAGUACUAUGACCAGUGUCGUUGCGCCGCCAAGUCGCUCAUGCACUUUGGCGUCAAGCAGGGCGUUGCCGUCAGCAUCAUCGGCUUCAACUCAUCCGAAUGGUUCAUCUCCGACCUCGCCAGUAUCCUGACCGGCGGAGUUGCCUCCGGAAUCUACAGCACAAACAGCCCACAGGCAUGUCAGUUCAUUAUCGAGGACAGUUCAACUGGGGUGGUGAUUGUGGAGAACGCCCACCAGCUGGGCAAGAUCUUGCAGAUCCUGGACUCCUGCCCGAAGGUCAAGGCUAUUGUCCAGUACAAGGGAGAAGUGAAGGAGGAGCAGAAGAGAGAUAACGUCUUCACAUGGACCGACUUCCUUGAGCAGGGCAAGGAUGUGACAGAUGCAGAUCUAGAUGAGCGAAUUGAGGCGCAGAAACCAGAGAAUGUCUGCACCCUCAUCUACACGUCGGGCACAACCGGUAACCCAAAGGCUGUCAUGGUAACACAUGACAACAUCACCUGGACUGGACGUGCACUGGCGGCAACAGCCGAUGUCUCCCAUACUGACAGGAUUAUCACCUACCUGCCACUCAGUCACGUCGCCGCACAAGUUAACGAUAUUCACUCGCCGCUGUCAGUCGGAGCCUCGGUGCACUUUGCCCAGCCAGAUGCACUCAAGGGCUCGUUGCGCAAGACUCUGCAUGCUGUGCAUCCAACGCUCUUCCUCGGCGUACCACGCGUAUGGGAGAAGAUCGAGGUUGGCCUGCGCUCGCAGAUGGAUGCGACUGGCGGUGUGAAGGGUGCUAUUGGCCGCUGGGCACGUGGAAUUGGUCUGGAGGGCGGCUAUUCCAAGCAGAAGGGUGGCGAGACUCCGUUCGGCUGGUGGUUUGCCAACAAGAUGGUCUUUGAGACUAUCAAGCAGAAGAUGGGACUGGACGAGUGCCGUGGUAUGUACACAGCCGCAGCACCCAUCAGCAAGUCAACGCUGGAGUUCUUCCUCUCCGUUGGUAUUCCCAUCUUCGAGGUGUACGGCAUGAGCGAGUGCACCGGGCCGCAGACCAUAUCUCGUGAAGGCAUGCAUCGCCUUGGGUCUUGCGGAGCCAAGAUGAACGGAACAGAGAUGAAGAUCCUGAGCCCAGACGAGGAUGGCAAUGGUGAGAUUUGCUACCGCGGCCGCCACAUCUUCCUCGGCUAUUUGAACAACGAGGAGAAGACUAGAGAGGCCGUUGACGAAGAGGGUUGGCUGCACUCCGGGGACAUUGGCAAGGUCGAUGAAGAUGGUUUUCUGCACAUCACAGGUCGCUUGAAGGAGCUGCUGAUCACUGCUGGCGGUGAGAACGUUGCACCGGUGCCAAUCGAGAAUAAAAUGAAGGAGGUGAUGCCGCUGCUGUCGAACGUGAUGGUGAUUGGUGACAAGCAGCGUUUCCUGUCCAUGCUGGUCACGCUCAAAGUCAAGUUGAAUGAAGAAGGUAAUCCAACCAGUGACCUAGCUGAUGACGUCAAGCCAGUUCUGCAGUCCAUUGGAAGUGCUGCAACAACAGUGGAGGAAGCACAGAAAUGUGACAAGAUCCGCCAAUACCUGGAGGAUGGGCGUGUCGAGGCCAACAAGUUUGCCGUGUCCAAUGCACAGAAGAUUCAGAAAUUCGUCAUCCUCCCUGUUGACUUCUCUGUCAAUGGCGGCGAGAUUACGGAGACCCUCAAGCUGAAGCGUAACAUUGUUGCAAAGCGCUACGAUGACAUCAUCUGUCAGAUCUAUGCAGAAGCAGCCCCACCAGCUGGUGCAGCGGCAGCAGCAGCAUCCAACUAAACAAACCACGUCACAAAGUGCUCUCUGUGUGUCCCCGAAGAGAGUCAUCGGCUGGAGACAACUUCGGCGAGAGCUACUUGCGAUGGCCCCAUCUCUGUUAGUCGUCUGUUGUUAGUUUUCGCUUUAGUUCUAGUUUUUUUAUCAGUGCUUGCUAUCUAUCCCUAGUCUUUUGUCUGGCUGCAUGUGUGCACAGACCAUAUUCAGAUCCCAUUUCAUUUCUUGGCUGCUGGGUACAACCAUUGAACAUUCUGUCCCUUUUUUUAUCAGUGCUUGCUAUCUAUCCCUAGUCUUUUGUCUGGCUGCAUGUGUGCACAGACCAUAUUUAGAUCCCAUUUCAUUUAUUCAACAUUCUUUCAUACCCACUACACACACACACACACAAACACGCAAAACUGGAUACCACGUCGUCUAGAUCUCUUCUAGACAUGUAAUGUAAUGUAAUGUUCACAUACUACUCAGAUAUUUGACACAAUGAGAUUAAUAAGCAGUAUGUGAAAGUUAGGCGAAACAGGUUUUUUAAGUACAUGAAUUUUUUUUGUUGAUAUUUCAUGAAUUUCCCAUUGUUGCAGC